AUCGCUGCUGUCUGAUGAAAAGCGUCGCUUGGACGCUAAGAUCAGCCAGCUGGAGGAGGAGCUGGAUGAAGAGCAGGCCACCGUGGAGAGCCUCAAUGACCGGCUGAGGAAGAGCCAGCAGCUGGUGGAUCAGCUAGGUGCGGAGCUGGCAGCAGAGAGAUCCUCCUCUCAGACCAGGGAAGGAUCCAGGCAGCAGCUGGAGAGACAAAACAAAGACCUGAAGGCCAAACUGCAAGAGAUGGAGGGCCAGGGCCGCUCCAAACUCAAAUCCUCCAUCGCCGCCCUGGAGUCCAAACUGAGGGAGGUGGAGGAGCAGCUGGAGAUUGAGAGCAGAGAGCGUCAGGCCAAUGCCAAGAAUCUGCGUCAGAAAGAGAAGAAACUGAAGGAUUUAACCAUCCAGAUGGAGGAUGAGAGGAAGCAGGCUCAGCAGUACAAGGACCAG